UACAAUUGUAAUCGCCAAUUUGGUUCUUGUAGUUGCAAUCCCGCAGUGACAGGUGAACAUUAUGUUUAAAGACAAGAAAAAAAGGUAUUUUCACAAGAAGCGAAAAUCGCAGGAGCUACGAGAUAAAGAGGGUGAGACAAAAAGCAGAAAAUUAUAUCUUGAGGAAGAAAAUUCCAAGGAAGAUAGGUUGAUUAAGAACUUGGAAAAGAAGUUGAGACUCAACAAAAAGAGCAGCAAGAGCGUACCAAAGUCUUUCAUGUGUGAUGGCUUGGACUAUAUCUUGGAAGUUUGCAAUGAGGAUACAAGAAAAAUGGCUGCUGAAAGUGAAAAGCAGCUGACAUUGCAAUCAAAUGAUGAAUCAGAUAGUUCUUAUUUUGAUGAUGAUGAUAAUGAAGAAAAACCUACAAAUUCCAAGAGAAAAAAACUCGACGGAAAAAAAGUAAAACACACUAAACAAAAAAAAACCAUACAACAGUCAUUUGAAGAAUCAAAUUUGAGAUCUGAAGAUGAUGGUGACUUUGAUUCUAGUGAUGGUGAUUUAGUCAGUGAUGUGGAUAUUGGUAAUGAAAGUGAUGAGAGUGAGUUGGUGAGGACUAAAAGUACUUCUAAAGCCAAUAAGAAAAACGAAAACAAAGUGACUGUGCUGAAAAACUCUAAAAUACAGAAUAAUAAUCUUAAAAAAGAUUCCAAGUGUUUGAAAAAUAAGAAGUCUGCUGUGCCAGUUAAAAAGCAGAAAGUUUGUGUCUUAGAUGAUGAUGAUGAUUUCAAAGAUGUGUCUGACCAUUUCAGUGACGAGAGGGAUAGUAAAGAUGAAGAAGACAAUAAUGAUGAUGGCAUAUGGGAAGAUAUUUAUGGUAGAAAGAGAAACAAGGAUGGCAGUGUAGUGGCUGAGACAAAGAAAUAUGUUGCACCUGCGAUAAGACAAAGGAAUGAUAAUUCUGAAAUGAAUGAAAAGCUAGUUCAACUAAAAAGGCAGAUGAAAGGUUUGUUAAAUAGGCUGGCAGAGAGUAAUAUCCACUCAAUUGUUUCCCAGUUGGAUGAAUUGUACAUGUCCAAUAGUAGAAACGACAUGAAUGAAAUGAUCACAAAUCUGAUGUUGGAGUCGAUUGUUGCACCUGUAUUUACACCAGAAAGGCUCAUAACAGAGCAGAUGAUGUGUGUAGCAAUACUUCAUGCAAAUGUUGGUUCUGAAGUAGGGGCACACUUUAUUAUGACCCUGAUCAAAAAAUUUACCCAAAUGGUAGAACAGUUUUAUGAAGUCGAAAAUAAGGAACUUGAUAAUUUGGUUUUAAUGAUUUGCCAUUUGUAUAAUUUUAAUGUAUUUGGAUCUCAACUUAUCUACCAAAUAUUAAACAAAUUAACAGAAAAGUUUACAGAAAAAGAGAUAGAGAUAAUUUUGAUAAUAUUAAAAACUGCUGGAUUUAGAUUGAGAAAGGAUGAUCCUAUUGCUUUGAAGGAGUUGGUUUUAAGCUUACAACAAAAAGCAACAACUACAGAGUCUACAAACACAAGAGUAAAAUUUAUGUUAGACGUUUUAUUGGCCAUAAAAAACAACAAUAUGAGUAAAAUUCCACAGUAUGAUCAAAGUCACGUUGAGCACCUGAGAAAAAUUCUGAAGACAUUAAUAAGAAAGGGAAAUUCUAUUUCACAACUGAAUCUUUCCAUAAAUGAUUUACUAAAUGCUGAUGAAAACGGCAAAUGGUGGAUAGUUGGUUCUGCAUGGUCGGGCAAGGCUCCAGAGAACGACAAACAAGGCAAAAACAAUGACGACAAACCAGUUUACAGUAAAAAAAUUCUCGAGCUUGCAAAAGCUCAAAGAAUGAACACCGACAGUAGAAGGAACAUUUUCUGUGUUAUAAUGACAGCUGAGGAUUAUUUGGAUGCUUUUGAAAAGUUACAUCACUUAGGUUUAAAAGGAAGCCAGGAAAGAGAAAUAAUUCACGUGAUUUUAAACUGCUGUUUGCAAGAAAAAAAAUUCAAUCCAUACUAUUCAGUUCUGUUGCAAAAAUUUUGUGAACAUGAUAGAAAGUACCAAAUGAUGAUUCAGUACACCUUGUGGGACAAAUUUAAAAUGUUGAAUAACUAUAGCAGCAAUCAACUUUCGAACAUGGCGAAAAUGAUUUCACAUCUAUUCAUCAAAAAAGCGUUGUCUCUUUCAAUUCUCAAGGUCAUUGAAUUAGGAGAGUUGAAUGCAUCGACAAUGAAGCUCUUCAAGAAGACCAUGCUCAACAUUCUUCUGCACGAAGACACCGAGAUUUGUCUUCAAGUGUUUGAAAGGAUAGCACCGUCCGACAAACUGCAUCAAUUCAGAGAGGGCCUGAGACUGUUUAUUAAUUACUUCCUCGUUAAAAAUAUCAAAAAAGACAAAAUGUCAGCUAGACAAAUGGAGCUUCUCGAAACGAGGAUUAAGUACGUGGACAAAAUAUUGAUGCACACAACUUCAAAGAUCGCAUUUUAA